AUGGGCGAAUCAAGAACGGAGCUAUUGGCUUGGCUAAACGAUCUAUUACAAUUGAAUUACACUAAAGUAGAACAAGCAGGAACAGGAGCUGCUUAUUGUCAGAUUAUGGACUCCAUCUUUAAUGAUGUUCAUAUGUCCAAGAUCAAAUUUGAUACCAAGCAUGAGUAUGAAUAUAUUUCCAACUUCAAGAUAUUACAAAACACGUUUGAUAAGCACAAAAUCAUCCCAGUAGACAAAUUGAUGAAAUGCAAAUUUCAAGAUAAUUUAGAAUUUCUGCAGUGGUUGAAGCGAUAUUGGGAAGACCAUUAUCCUGGAGGAGUCUAUGACGGAUUACAAAGAAGAAAGGGAAAAGGAAGCCAAAAGGGAAGGCCAGCCACUGCUCGCGCUGCAACAACGGCAGCCACAGGAAGUGGAAUGGCUACUCUAAAGAAUAGAGGUAAAAACGGCUCUGCAACAGCCAUCAGUGGUGCCAUCAAUAGUUCAAAAACGUUGAAAACAGAGAUAAAUAGUCUAACCGAAAUGAUGAACGGAUUGAUAAGAGAACGCGACUUUUACUUUAACAAAUUACGCGAGAUUGAAAUGAUAGUUCAAGAUCAGGUAGAGGUGCACCCAUCCUUGUCUCAAGAAGGCGAAGGAUGCUUGGGUGAGAUACAAAAUAUCCUUUAUAGAACAGAAGACGGAUUUAACGGAGUUGUGGAAGAAGACGAAGAUGCUAUCCAGCAAGAGUAUCACAACAAACCAUAUGACGACGAAUUGGAGACAUUUUAA